AUGAAGGACAUUGACCUGCUGCUGUACCGAGUCAGUGAGCACUUCAACGAGUUGCUCGAUGACGACGCCAAUCCGCUAGAGGCAGCGCUAGCAUUGAUGGACGAGUCGUCGAUUGGAAAGGCACGCUACGCGGACGAGUUUGACAACCUGCAGAACGAGAUUCGUACUUGUUUGAAGGAACAGGUCGACGCCAACUACCGCGGAUUCAACUCAUCGAUUGAUAACUACCGUGCCAUUGUCAACGGUAUACACUCGAACCAUAACGACAUUAUUGCUACCCAGGAAAAUCUGAAGUCUGUGGGGGAUCUUUUGUCCAAGCGUAAGCCCAUGCUCAAAGAUUUAGAGCAAAGCUCGCUAAAAUACAAAAAAAUGCUGCAGAUCCUGGAUGUUAUAGAGGAUCUGAAGCAAGCCCCUGACCGAUAUGAGGCGCAGGUCUCCCAAAAGCGCUUCAAUGACGCCCAUAAAACACUGAGCCACGCCCUGGAAACCAUCAACAAUUAUGACCUUUUACGCGUACCAGCUGUUCAGCACCUUCAGUCGUAUAUUGUGAAUCGUCAGCUGAGCCUUGUUCCGACUCUAGUAGAGGAGCUGUCCGCUCAUAUAUAUUUGCGAUCACCGUAUACGUCGGAUCGAUACUUCCAUUUCCAGAUGGCCGACAAAUCAUGCUCCUCAGAGGAGGCCGUGUCAGAUCGCUUACAUCUGGAUACCACUGAGAAUGUUGCUACUUCCAAACUCAACGAUUUUAUCGGAACCUUGAGCAAGCCGCUGGUUGAAGAUGCAGAUGUCUCUGUCGAGCAGGACUCUUUCACAUAUAUUCGAUCUUUGCUUCUUACCUUGUCCAAGGUCGGAGCUAUACAGUCGGCUUUAGAAUCGCUUCAAAAUAAAACGGUGUCAGACAUCCGUCGUCUGGUUGAAAGAACUGUGAAGAGCGUGGUUCGACAGGCUAAGAUCACUCCGGAAAAAGUUCAAGCGCUUCCUGGUACAUUAUUUGAGCAAUUCAGAUCCCCAGAACAAGCAAAUCACAUUGCUGUUCUGCAAGGUUUCAUAACGACCCUUUUUUCGCGCUUCGGGGCAGUUCUUGAAGCCCAUCGCGUAAUUUACGAGGUGGUUACGCAAGGCCAAUUGGGCAGUUACGACGUCCGCACAGUAUGGACAGCAAUGGAGCAUGAAAUCAAGCAAAUUUUUGUGAGCUAUGUCGAUGAUGGUCAGGCUUCUCGUGCAGGUGGACGUUCUUGGCUUUCUGUGACUUCCGAGUCACAUACCGUGGUCAAUGGGCCCGUAUUUAAAAUUGCUGGUGCAGACACAACAGACCAUGAUCUCAUUGAGCAAAUGAACGCUUUGAAAGUAGCCUUGAAGUCUUCUGUUCCGGGCCUGGUUGUGAAUGCUGAGGAGAAUCCCAAUGAGGCACCUCUGUUUAUGGAUACACCCAAGGAAAUGCAUCUCACCAUCGUCGUUCCUGCCAAUGUUCUGAACGUUCGGGCCUUUAUUGAGCCUGCAGCAGCGUUUUUGCAACGUGCCAACCGCACCCUGGGGCCAGCAGAUUCUUCUGACCGUUGUGUCGGUCGUAUUGACGCUUUUUUGGACCAGUUUUUGGAGACCGUGUUCUUGCCGCGACUUCGUCAGGCUCUAGAGCGCUCAUUCAAUGACGUCACAAAGUCUCUGAAUGCUGCAGAAGUCUAUCAAGACUACAGAAAUGUUUCACAAAUGCCCAUUAUGAACGCAGUUGUCUCACUCGUGGAUAUGCUAAACCUGUUGACAAGAGUUCUUAACACAGGUCGGACGUUCCGCGAAAAUUAUACGUCUCUGUUUGUUGAUAUGAUGGAUAUUGUUGUCGACUUUUUCAAUACCAAGUUCAACGAGUAUGUGGCCUCUGGGCCCAAACAAACCAAACUCGCAUACACUCUGGCCGUGGGAGAGGUCCUCACACCAUUGCAUCAGACGCUGCGAACCGAACUAUCUGGGUCCCAGCCCACCGAACGUGCUAGUGAAGUUAGUUCCAAAGAACUCAGAGUGUAUCUUGGCAAAGCACAUUCUGACCAGAACGCCAAUGAUAUCAUGGCCCGGGAUCUUCUAGACUUGGACUCAUUUGGGGGGUUGGCACUCUUGUGCACUAGCAUUGAAUGGGUUGUUUAUAAACUUCGUGAGAUUCGCCAGACUCAAGCAUCCAGUUCUGGCUCUUCUUCGGAAUCUAAAGCUCUUCGUCAACGGGUCCGUAAGCGCUGGACGCUUUCGGAUGCUCAAACCGCGUCAGUUAAGACUGGGGUCUCGCCUAAUAAAGCAGUGCUAGCCGGUACUACCUUACGCAAGUUUGACAAUGUUUUAACGACAAUGAGCAACACUGCCGUCAGAGCUCUUCGCGUGCUUCGCUGUGAUGUCAUGUGCCGAACUGUCUACUAUUUUGACCGCAUGGUCUUGGAGGGCGACUAUUCUAGGACUGAGGACUCGGAAGAGCGGGAUUCGUACAUUGAAAUCCUUCAGCGCGAAGUGCACACAUGUUAUCGCCUCAUGAUUGAACAUUUGCCCCGCACUGACUCUGUAUUUGUGAUGUUUGGGCUUGCCGCGUUGAUGAACGAGCUGUUUGUCCACGAGAGUAACAAUGUGAAAUCAUUUUCAGAGCGUGGACUGCGAAAAAUGUUUAGCAACAUUCUCUCUUUGCAACAAAUGCUUAAAUCGGUUGCCUUUGAUCCCAGAGAUGUCGACUUCAGCCGGGCAGUUGAUUUCUAUGAGGCUUUAAAGUUGCCACCCACGCGAAUUAUUGAGCUUGUGAGGUCCAAAAAGACUCGUCUCACUCGCGAAGAUGCUCAAUUGGUUCUGUCUAUCAAGCAUCGUCAAGAUUUAGCCAAAAAGAGUAGCUCAGAAUUGAGCAGCGCCCAUCAGGUUUUUAGCGACCAGUUGGCCAUGCUCCAUUCGAUCUUUGGCGGUAAAUAA